AUGAUACCACUUGAAGGAAGACGUCGUGGAAGAGCUAGAAACAGUUACGGUGGUAGACAUUCCCGUGGACGUAGUAGAUCAUGGGGUCGUCGUGGUGGUGGUUAUAAUCGUGGAUUUUAUAGAAGACCAUUCUAUGGUGGUUAUGGAAGAUAUCCACCCUACUACGGAUAUGGAGGAUACAAUCCAUUUUGGAGAUAUCCAUAUUAUUAUGGAAAAUAA